CUGAAGCGGAAUCGUAUAAAUAGGACACGAGGUAUAGUGACCCCUUCAUUCGAAACAAGCGCAAAAGUUAUAAAUUCUCGAGCUAUCGAUUGAAUAUACUAUUAAAUACUGCAGAUAUGAUUGCCGCAACAAGCAGCAGCCUAAGGUCCCUCGCUCGAUUGAGUAGGGCUAGUGUGAGUGUGAGAAAAUAUUCAAUGGAAUCUAUGUCGAUCGCCAAUCCGGUACCCGUUCCGAACAAGCCAGCCAUGCACUCUGGCAAUAUGUGUUCGUUUGUGACAACAAUGAGCCCUCCAUUGUACAGUGAGAAGCCCAUGAGUCCUGCUACUCGCACGAAGGAGAGUCCGAAUCAGUUACCUACCUCGGUAUACCUGGAGAUGCACUUUCGAGCAUACAAGUGAUGAGUGUUCGACAACGCAGCCACGCCUGAACGUCGCCAGAGCUUCGAGAUUCGGCACGUGAAGGUUCAGAUGACAGUUCUGUCGAACCGCAAAAUACAUCACCGGCGGAGGAUACAAUCACGCUGAGAACACAGCCAAGAAUUUUUUUCGGGAUUCGGCACCUGAAGGUUUAGAUAACAGUUUUGUCGAACCGCAAAUCUUAAUAUCGCCAUAGUGCAAAACAUAGUAAUAAAUACGUACCAAGUCAAUAAAAAUUGUAAAAUUCACUCUAUUCGAG